UAACUCAUUUACUUCACUAUUUAAUCUUAAAUAUAUUAUUUACAAAAGGUAAUAGAAUUGAUGAAUAUGACAGGCUUUUCAUUACACAGCAUUCGCCAUAUCGGGAACGCUGCUGCCGUUACUUUGCUCACAAUCUUUGUAAACAGUUAUCAGCAUUGUUCGGUAUAGCUGAUUAUGGGACUGAUAGUCGAGAUAAAUGCAGCGACGAUUGCGCUGUAGUAUCAGGAUGGUUUGGCCUAGCAAACGAUUUGAAAUGCUGUUAUCAAAAGAAGAGAUCAGGUGGAUCUAUAUUUGUCAUCGUUUUUUGCAUCCAAGCAUUAUAUACAUAGGAUUGGUAUUCAUGUGGGCCCGUUGCAGGGGGAAGGAGUUGUGUACGAUCAUGUUGAGUAUUAUAAACAUCUUUUUUCUUGGAUGCCUGAACGAUGGUAGUAUCAGCUUUGUCGGUUUUAUCGGCAAGAGCGGGUAUCGUUUGGCUUUCUGAUGAUUGGCCUUGCGUGCUGAUUUUCUUUCGUUUACGUUGCAUCGAAGCAUUGAUGACUGUCUUCGUCUGUUUAUAUGAUCUUUCUUUCGGAGUCAUCCAGUUCUUUUGUAAAAGCACCAAG